CAACAAAAUCGUAAAUGCAAUAAGUAUGCAUUCUGGUGUAAUAGCCGCACCGCUUUCUUGUUAAAUUCUGCGAGUUACCGCGAGCUUAUAUACUUAUAAUCCAUAGUAUAAAAUAUUUUUUGUAUUGAUUUUAAAUACUUUAACGUGUCUUAACCACCUUUAAUGUCAGCCAUGGCACUUAGUCCACGCGAAUCUGGUGAAUAUAUCGUCAAAAAUGCGAAAUACUUGACAGUAUAUCCAGAAGGCAUUGUAAAAUUGGCAAAUGAGGUUAUUUCCCGCUUGCAGUCUGGGCAACUCGAUCCGAAGAACUUUUCGCAAAAUGAUGUGCACCCGAAGUCCACCGAUGCACAUGCCAUUGAAUGGAUAUUUGUGGUGGAUACACUAAAUUUCUGCUUCUGGACGCCAACUGACUACACGAAAUACAAGGUCAACGGUUACACCGGCUACUUUGCUUUAUGCGCUGCCGUAAAUCGUGCCAUGGAGGAGGGCAUAGAUAUCACCAACGCUGAAUACUAUUCCACAAUCGAUGCCGAUACAUUGCGUAAAGUAUUUCGUUCAGAUGAUGGCCAGACGUCUGUGCCAUUGUUUGAACAACGUAUCGCUUGCCUGCAUGAGGUCGGCAAAAGACUCCUGGAGAAGUGGCAAGGCAAGUUCGAGAAUGUGUUGCGUGCCGCCGAUAAUGCUGCCGCGCGUUUACUGGAGCUAGUGGUCAGUGAAUUUCCCUGUUUCCGCGAUGAAGCUGAUUACGAGGGUAAGCGCGUUUCAUUGUACAAGCGUGCACAAAUUCUUAUCGGCGAUAUUUGGUCCUGUUUUGAGGGUAAGGGCUUAGGUAAAUUCAAUGACCUUGAAAAAAUUACCAUGUUUGCCGACUAUCGUGUACCACAAGUGUUGAUACAUUUUGGCAGCUUGGAAUACAAACCGGAAUUACUCGAAGUAUUGAGCAAAGAUACAAUUUUGGAGAAUGGCGAUCCACGUGAAGUCGAGAUUCGUGGCGCGUCUAUAUACAUUGUGGAGCAGGCAAAAGACAUCAUUUUAAACAAACUCAAUAAUAAGGAAAUUGAGCUCAAUAAGGAACAUGUGAACUCUAUUUUAAUAGAUCACUUCCUAUGGGACUACCGACGCAAGCACGCAGAAGAGUUAGAGCACAUACCAUUCCACAAAGUAUUAAGUGUUUACUAUUGAAUGUUGCUUAUACAAUAAAUGUUACAUUUGAUAUUUUGUAUAAAA